ACGGAUAGGUAUCAGUGUGUGCGCGUAGAGGGACGACGGUAAAUCGCGUUCUUUUCCAUAUCGAAAUUAUCGUUGAAAUUACGGAAUUAACGCAUGACAAUUUACUCGAUCGUUCAUUUAUUCGCAUUCUUCCGACUCGAAAAUUCGGUUAUGAGGUGAAGAAUUUUUUUUUUUCAUACAAAUACUUGUGCUUACGCGGAUCACAUGUGACAUUGAUAAGUGAAUAUUAUGCCACUGAUUGCGAUAGCGGCGGCCACCCGAUCACUUUUUUUAUCUUUACGUUUGAAAAGCAACGCCAACGGCCGCCGUCUUCCGUUCUUCCCAUGUCUCUUCGCCGUCAAAAAAGCAAAUUAUCGGUCGCUUCAAAUUCUUUCGGGGAAGAGCACCAGCCACAAUGCGGUGGACGAGGAUCGGAGGGGGCAGGAGCAGGAUCGGCGGCGGCAGCGGCUGAACUUCAGCGCGUGCUCGCUCACAAGCUGACGAACGCUAAUGUCGCCGCUACCACUGGCAAUAACGUGACCAACAACAACAACAACAACAACAACAGCAACUGCGGCAGUAGUAGUAGCCAUAACCAACAAGUACAGCAGCAGCCUAACGGCAGCAUUAGUAAUAACAACAGUCGAAGUCACAGCCAUAGUCAUAGUCACAAUCAGUCUGUCGAGGAACUGCAUCGACUCGGUCUCGGUGGAUACGUUAGUAGUAAUCGUGGCUCUUGUAGUGGUGGCGGCGGCGUCGAUCAUGACUCCGUCAAAAUUAGUAUGGAAAAUACAAACACAUGUACUGAUAGUUUGGUGACCGCAAUCGACGAUGAGGCGUUACUUUUGAGUGAUUUUUUACCUCACGAUAAUACCUCGUUCGGCUCAACCAUGAACCAUCGCGGCGGCAGCGGUAAAGUGCAUUUUGGAGGCGACGAUCUCAGCCUAUACGGUACACCGAAAGAAGAACUCGGACCGGUUGGACCGAUGGGCAAUCACAAUGGACCCGCGGGUACGAACGCCAUCUCAAAUUCGGCCGGCGGCGGAAGCGCCUCCGCCAGCGCCGGACCCGAUACCGGCAAACAGAGUUUUAUCAAAAAUCAACUCCAGGCGCUUUUUCAACCCACCGAUAAUAAGCUGGCUAUGAAAUUAUUCGGAAGUAAAAAAGCCCUUAUGAAAGAACGAAUACGACAAAAAGAAACCGGCCAUUGGGUUAUUCAUCCUUGUUCCAGUUUUCGAUUUUACUGGGACUUAUGUAUGUUACUUCUGCUCGUUGCGAAUUUAAUUAUUUUACCUGUAGCGAUAUCAUUUUUUAAUGACGACUUAAGCACCAGAUGGAUUGCCUUCAACUGCCUUUCCGAUACCAUAUUUCUAAUUGAUAUUGUAGUUAAUUUUAGAACCGGUAUAAUGCAGCAAGAUAAUGCCGAACAAGUGAUCUUAGAUCCAAAAAUUAUAGCGAAAAAUUAUUUAAGGACUUGGUUUUUUUUAGAUUUAAUAAGUUCCAUACCAUUAGAUUACAUUUUCUUGAUAUUCAAUCAGGAUUUCGGCGAAAGCUUUCAAAUUCUGCAUGCCGGUCGAGCUCUGAGGAUACUUCGACUUGCCAAAUUGCUCAGUUUAGUUCGUUUAUUAAGGUUAUCAAGACUUGUACGAUAUGUUAGUCAAUGGGAAGAAGUUUACAUCUUGCAGAAUUUACAAAAAAAACGAACCGAAAGGCGUACUUGUCGAAGUUACUCGUCCGAACAAAGGAAAAAUAAGAAGUCGCUCAGAAAAAACAAUCUGAUUUUUAAGUUCCUAAAUAUGGCUAGCGUGUUCAUGAGGAUAUUCAAUUUAAUUUGUAUGAUGCUGCUGAUUGGUCACUGGUCAGGAUGUUUGCAAUUUUUGGUUCCAAUGCUGCAAGGAUUUCCUGAAAAUUCGUGGGUGGCCAUUAAUGAAUUACAGGACGCGUACUGGUUGGAGCAAUACUCGUGGGCCUUAUUCAAAGCCAUGUCGCAUAUGUUAUGCAUAGGUUAUGGAAGAUUUCCUCCACAAUCGUUGACUGAUAUGUGGUUAACGAUGCUGUCGAUGAUAAGUGGUGCAACAUGUUACGCUCUAUUCUUAGGUCAUGCCACUAACUUAAUUCAAAGUUUGGAUUCGUCUAGAAGACAAUACAGAGAGAGGGUGAAACAAGUAGAAGAAUACAUGGCGUAUAGAAAACUGCCAAGGGAAAUGAGACAACGAAUAACCGAGUAUUUCGAACACCGUUAUCAGGGUAAAUUCUUCGACGAAGAAGCCAUUCUUGGUGAACUUUCGGAGAAACUUCGAGAAGAUGUGAUCAAUUAUAAUUGCCGGUCAUUAGUGGCAUCUGUACCAUUUUUUGCUAACGCUGAUUCAAAUUUUGUAUCCGAUGUUGUUACUAAGUUGAAAUACGAAGUCUUCCAACCAGGAGACAUUAUUAUCAAAGAAGGUACAAUAGGUAAUAAGAUGUACUUCAUACAAGAGGGAAUUGUUGACAUCGUUAUGGCUAACGGCGAUGUUGCUACUAGCCUCAGUGAUGGUUCCUACUUUGGUGAAAUUUGUCUGCUAACUAAUGCUCGUAGAGUAGCUAGUGUUCGAGCAGAAACGUAUUGCAAUUUGUUCUCCUUAUCGGUGGAACAUUUUAAUACAGUAUUAGACCAGUAUCCUUUGAUGAGAAGAACUAUGGAGUCGGUGGCAGCUGAAAGGUUGAACAAAAUCGGAAUAAAUCCCAACAUAGUAACGCAUCACGAAGAGGAAGAAGAAGACGAAGAAGAUGCAAGUGGCAGCAAAACCAUAAAUGCGGUGGUAAACGCGUUAUCUGAACAAGCCGAACAUGCUAAUACUUCGAUGGAAUCGGAAGGAAGUCGGUCUGUGUUAACCGAAAUCGGUCGAAGCUUGCAUAUAUUAACGGCCAGUUUACCGCGACCAAAAUCUGAAUGUAAUUUCAACACGAUUCUCGAACACCAACCUAUCAUACCUUGGACACCGUUUCACAGAUCAGAUACCAUACAAAAUAACGACCAAGCCGAUACCACUUCGCUAACAUUUCAAGAUAGCGAAUCCAUUAAUGCGGGCAGGCAAUCUCCGUCGUGGUCUGCAGUGCCUUCUGAAACCAAUAAUUAGCCAUUGCACUUUUGUUCGUCCGAAGUGUUUUGUGGUAUUUGCCGGGAUACUAAAAAUACUUUAGUUUAAAAAGUUCUUCCAUAAUGGUGUUACGUACAUUAUCGCUAAUUAGUCGACGAUUGACUGAGGGUAACAUUUUUAACGAGUAUUAGGUAUUACCAAAGGUUUCGUGAAAAGAAUUGCAUUCUCUUGGUGGAGUCAGUCCAAGUACAUGUUCCUCAAGAUGCACACAUGAAAGUAAAUUUUUCGACUCUGAAGUAAAAGUUCUGCUAUGGUUCAUUUCCUUAGACGAAAUUUCUCGCAUUAUUGUAGGUUACAUUGCAUAUCAUCUGUCGUGCUGUGUAUCGAGUGUUCUAUUCGAGUUGUCGAAUACUUCCCCCGGUGAUAGGUAUACAUCAACCCUAAUCACACAAAUGUAAAUUGGGGUGCCUAGUGCCUACCUUUGAAAUUAAAGAGCAAAGUAAUGGGAUAUUUAUGUCAUUAUUUUAAUCUCUAAAUACGAGUGUAACAGGGAGAUAUCUAUGUUGAGUUGAGUGUAAUAGUACAAUGCAUCUUGUCUCAAAACUUGAAAAAUAGAACAAAACAGGCCUUUUCAACUAAGUAUAAUUUUCCAAGUGAUUUUAUGGCUUCAAUUUCAAAGACAGACAAAACAUGAUGUCAUUCAAUUUAUAAAACCUCGAAUGCUGUAUCUCUACAUAUAGAAAAACGUUCAUCUUUAUACCUUACUCAUGAUUGUAUAAAGUGAAUGCGCCAGAGCACUUUGGAAUAUUUCCAACAAUCAUAGUAUCUUCCAUGCUAAAAUUGAACUAAAGUUGAUGCUUCUUUUUUUGGGAGUUCUGCAAAAAUCGACGCAAAUACCUAUCACCAAUCUCCUUCAAUUUUCAAGGUUGACGAACCAAUUUACAUUAGUGUGGUUUGAGUUGCUGUAGGAGUGUAGGUAUUAUUGCAGUUUGCAGGCGAAUUAAAAAAAGGUUUGUGUUGCUUGUUUUUCAAACGUAAUGUUAGCGUUGGACCAUUUUAAACAAUUUUUUUUUUUUGUAAUGAAGAGACGUUGACCUUGCUAUCAGUUUUUUUCUCCUCUUUGAAUAAUUCUCACUUUUCAAUAAUUUUUUCAGAAGUAAAAUCUUUUAUCAAACUUCAUACGAGGUACGAAUUUCUUCAAUCGUACGAUUACGAAGAUGAAACCUUCAAAUUGUAAUCCAAAAAAUGACAAGUACGUAAAUUGGAGCCAGGAGUCUAAAGACAAGAGUCGACUUUCAGGAGAAUUGAGAAUUAACUAACAAGGGGAAGCAUCCCAACCUCCCAACUAGCACAAAAUUAUUUGAACCGGACAAAGAAGAAUCAAAAUCAAUAGAACCCCCAAAAUACUCCACCAACUAAAAUUUCAGGUACCUACUGAAAUUCAAUUUUCAAUUUUUGGUGAGUUUUUGGAAAUUCAAAGACCAAAAAAUAAAGAGAUACCUACUUAGUCAAAAUUUUACCUAUAACGCUUAAAUUUGUUUUGUACCUACUCUGCUUUCUACCUUCCGAAUUGUUCUGGAGUCUUCAGCAGAUUUUUAAAUUCUCUAGUUUUCUAAAAAAAAAAAAAAAAAAAACACUGUAGGUAAGUAAGUAGGAUGAAAACGAAAUAUCUACCUACUUAUACCUCCAAGGACGAAGGUAAUUUUUUGAAAAAAAUGAAAAAUUCAUCGUUUGCGAUCGUGCGACUAAAGAUGCUGAAAUUUGUUCAAUCUUUCGAAUCGAUUGGUGAUAGUGUCGAAGCGUUCCGGAGCCUUCAGCCAAUUUCGAUUUCUUCAUUAAUUUCAAAAAUGUGAUCUGUCACGAGAAAACCAACUUAGUGUCCAAAAAAUCGAUAUUUUUUUUAUGGUGGAUAUUAGUAGUACUCAGGGUGCUGAAUCUGCCUGCGGUGCUAAAAACGUUCGCGAACGAUUCUUUUGACCCUAAAUUUAAGGUCAAAAAAAUUGAGCAACUACAAAAAAAAUGAAAAAAAAUUUUUUUUUUGAUUUUCUCGAAAUGUUUGUCCGGAGGAGUCAACAUACAAAUUUUUGUGAAUAUCGGCUCACAUUUGUAGGAUUUAGGCCGUUUUUUUGAAAUUUGAAUGAGGUUCACUCUGGAAAAAUCAACUCUUUUCACCUUGAACAAAUUUGUUAAGAAACGUGAUAAAUUAAAUAAUAAUAACUUAUUCUUCAUUAAUAAUUCAUACUCGGGUAGUUUUUGUCACAUUUUUGGCAAAAAAUUCAAAAAAAUCGAAAAAAUCGAUUUUGGGAAAUUUCGAUUAUUGGACUUGGCAACCUUGAAUGUGAUGAUUCUGAAAAAAAAAAUAUCGGGUUAUGUUGGCACUCAUGGGGGCCAAAAGUGGUGCAAGUUUCACGGACCUACAAAUUUUAGAUCGCCUGAUACAUAGACUCAAAACUUCAAAUGCCCUUCCUGUAAAAUUUACGUUUUGGACACUAGGUUGGUUUUCUCGUGACAGAUCACAAAUAAAUACUGCAGAAAAUGUUGAAUUUCCAUCGGAACAAAAUGAUUUUGAAAAUAUGCUUCUAAAUCGAUCGAAUGGCUCAUAAAAAUGGUAAAUCCAAGUUUAGAAGUGCUGAAUUUCAUUUUCACCCUACUUAAAUACAUACAGCGUUUUUUUUUUAUUUUCAAAAACUGGAAAAUCCGAAAAUUUUCUGGAGGCUCUAGAAUAGUUCGAAUUUUGAAACCAUCGCCAGUUGACUCUGAAAGUCGAAAAUAGUGUAAAAACCUUUCAAAUUUCCAGGUCAGUUUAGUGAAAUUUUAAUUUUUUUCUCAUUUUUGACCUAAACUUGAAUUUUUAAAAAUUCGUCAAAAAUCGACAAAUGAAUUUUAGCAUUUAAAAUUUCGGCUGAUGAUGUAUUUUGGAGUGUACUUAUAGAUUCCUCACUGUCCAAUUCAAAAAAAAAUGUGCUGGUUGUGAUACUUCCCUUGCAAGUAGAUUUUCCAGAACUUAUUACCCUCUUUUGGUCACACGUCACCGAUCGUAUUGACGACUGAUGGAAGGUUAAGAGUGAGAAAUUGAAUAGUUCUAUUAAUAAGCCAUCGAGUAUGUUAUAAAAUAGGAACCUAAGUGUAUCUUACCUAUGUACUCUGUGAAAAAAGACCACGCAGAUGAAUUGCAACAAGUUUCAUCUUUCUUGUAUCAACCUACAUAUAAUUAAUUACCCACAUCAAAUUGAUAAUUCGGUUCUGUGUAUGAUCAAAAUACCCAUGUACAAUAUUUUCAACUCAUAUUAUUCCCUUAAAUGGAAAAAAUAAUCAAAAUGGCGACUGCAACUAAUAAGUACGGAGAUUAUCUACAUUUAUAACCAUGAAGGUUUAUUGUUUUCUGUGAUUAAAGAUGAAUUAAUUUACCUAAUUGUAAAUAAAAUACCUACAAACAAACUUUACGACGUGUAAAUAUGAACCAAAUUCCUUAAUUAUACAAAAAUGUAAAUACCUAUCAAGAUACCUACUUAUUUAUUAAUACGAUAGAAAAUUUUGUUCGACUUCUUAUUCAUGUAUUGUUUCGUGUUUUUUUGUUUUUGUUUUUUUAGACAGACGCGUCUUAAUAGUGAUACUAAUAAUACGCUUAGUUUUAAAUUAGAAGUACCUACGUUGUUUUGUAUAAAUUGUUACUCUAUUUUAUAUGAAUCCUUGAACCUACAAUGUAGGUUGUUAAUUUAAAACCAUUUUACUCUUUUACCCGUUUUCUUUCAUAAGUUUUUUAUCGAAUAAGUACCUUAUUUGUCGUUUUCCAGUUGAAUUUCUGAAAUUUUCUUAGUUAUUGUAUAGUCAAUUAUAGUAUAAAUUUUUCCAAUUCGGUAUCUCUACUAUAUUUAGCAGUAAUUUUCUAUCACAUUUUCGAAGAAGAAAUCACAGCGGGAAAAAAUUAUAAACGGAGCUUUUGAAAUUAUUCUCACUUCACGAAAAUUGUCAAGUGCCUUUCUAAAACUAUGUACCUACUAAAACAUUGUAGUCAUUUUUUUUUUUUUUUCAAUACCUACGUGUAACUAUUUAAAAAGAGAGAAAACCCAUCAAACUACAGAAGUAAAACGGUUUAACCGAAUUAAAAUUUUUAUAAUGGUUCUUGUACGUGAACGAGCUGGAUUAGAGUGUUGUUUUCGGUCUUUAAGACGUUAAAGAAAUUAUGGCUGAUUUGUAUGUAUGUUAGGUGAUUUUUUUUGUAGAGUGAAAAUUUGUGAAUAAAAAAAGUUACGUAAGACUUAAUUUUGAAAUCGAUACUUAACAAAAUAUUUGUUUUUCAGUUUUCUUCAAUUUUUUUUUUGAGAAGAAUUACCAAUUAAAAAUUAUACCUACUUAACUAGAAUUCUGUGAUUACUUUUACCUAAACUUACUUAGCCAAUUUAUCAGGUAGGUACGUGCCUACCUUCCUACCUUGAAUAUAAAAUUAUAAUUACCCGAAUGUUGUUAUAUUACUGUUACAUUCUAAAAUAUAUACCAUUAUCAGUAUAUUUAUAAUGUAUUUAGGUGAGUACUUAUUUAUUUUAAGAGUCAAUUUUUUAGCCAAAUUUAAAACAUACCCAACUGGUUUCUAGUUACCUAUUGUUUUUUUAAUGCAUAUAUCUGUAUUAUAAAUUUAAAAUGUUGUUGCUAGUUAUGCCAGUGUAAGAAGGAUCAAGAUAAAAUGGGUAACAUGAGCGAUAAAUUUUUAUAGUCAGAAAUUCAGAAAUUUGAAAUGCUUUCACAUAUAAAAGGAAAAGCUACAGCCUAUAUUGCACAAUAUCACCUUACUACAAUGUUAUUUGAAUUUGAAACUAUAAUGAAUCUAAAAAUUUCCCUCGCGUUUUUGAUUAUUUGUGGCCAAUUAGUCAACUGUAGAAAUAUUAUUGAUCUGAAUCUGUUGUUCCAAUGCUCAUUACAUUACCAAAAAAAAAAAGUUUUACUUACCAUUAUUCGAAUUGUGUUUUGUUUUUACUGGCCUAUUUGUAAACUUGAAAGUUUCUUGUUUUAGAGUUGUUAAUACUUCUAGUUCAUUUAUGUAUAAAUUAUAAUAAACAUAAAUGUUUUUUUCUACAUAUAAAUACGCUGUUGAAAAUUUUAUAUACCUACUUCUUAAGUAAUUUUCUACUCCAUAGUGAUCCCUUUUUAUGUUUAAAAUCGUGUUAGUCUACUUAAGGAGUAUUGUCUUUCAAAAUAACCCCUCCUCUUCCUCCCAUUUCAUCCCUAUUAUCGUACAAGUAAAAUAAAUACUCCUUUUUCGUAGUUAAAAAUACUUUAUCUACUUAAAUUUUCUCUUACAAAAAAUUUAAAAUUUGUUUGAAAAUUUCAUCGCAAUAAGCUCAUACCAAGUGUAGAAUUUUGUUGACUUUUACUUACCUAAUAUUAAGAUCACUUCGCAUUAAUUUUACACAAGAAAAGAACGCAAAUCUGUGAUUUCUUUUAUGUAUUUUAUUAUACGUACGGUUAUUGUUAUUUUCUAAAUGAAUAUUGUUAUUAGUAGAAUUACCUAUAUAAAAAAUUGACCAACUUGCUUCUGAUGUACCUACCUAUACUUCGAUAACAAAUAUCUAUGCUCAAUGUUCAAAUUAGAGAAUGAAAACUUACCUACCUGCCACAUUCUUCAAAUUCUAUUCACGCAUUAUUUAAAGAAAAAAAAAUCGUCAAGUAAAUAAUUUGUUUAUUGAACAAAAAAAAAGUUGCCUAUUAUAAAAAUUAAUUUUAAAAUGAUUUUAAAAAUCUCAAAUUGCAAACACUUUGGCAAAAUUUAUUCUCGAUGUACUGAAAAAUAAUAAUUUAGGCAUACUUAUUCGCCAACACAUUAGACAUCGCUUAGAUAAAACAUAUCUCAAAAGUCAAUUUUGGAAAUUUAACUACUUAUUAAUUUGAUACUAUUUUAUACUAGUUUUUUACUUUAACUUUCAAGUCAGAUGAUUAUUCAAUAUCCAAAUUUUUCUUAGUAUCUCUACCUAUCUAUGUUAUUUACUAAAAGCAACUUUUGUAAAACGAAUAAUUUUCCAUAAAAAUAUCAAUUUAUAAUUAAUACCUAUUGUUUUUUUGUGUGUACAACGAAAACGAGGUAGAUAUUUUAUGUUAUAAGUACCUACGUAGAAAGGCGAACACUAAUACCAUAACAAUUUUUAGUUUCGCAUUAAACUCAUUUUUUACUUA